UCCAUUAACAUUUUGGACAUAAUGGGUGCACUUCGCUUUAUAUUGUUUCUUACUUUUGGUUUUGUUCUGUUCGGUUCAAAAUGGACAGUGUCACAGCCAUACCAACAGGGACAAGUACCUUGUUUAUUCAUCUUUGGUGACUCCUUAGUCGAUAAUGGAAACAACAACAGGUUGCUUUCGCUUGCGAGGGCUAAUUACCGACCUUAUGGCAUUGACUUUCCCCAAGGUACUACUGGACGGUUCACCAACGGUCGCACCUACGUUGAUGCAUUAGCUCAAAUACUUGGAUUCCGAGCUUACAUUCCACCGUAUUCUAGGAUUCGUGGCCAGGCUAUCCUAAGAGGUGCAAAUUUCGCAUCUGGUGCCGCUGGUAUAAGAGAUGAGACCGGUGACAACUUGGGUGCACAUACUUCAAUGAACCAGCAGGUAGAUCUGUACACGACCGCGGUUCAACAGAUGCUUAGAUACUUCAGAGGAGACACAAAUGAGUUGCAACGAUACUUAGGUCGUUGUAUCUAUUACUCCGGGAUGGGAAGUAAUGAUUAUCUCAACAAUUACUUCAUGCCUGACUUCUACUCAACUAGUUCCAAUUUCAAUGACAAAAGCUUUGCGGAAUCUCUCAUAAAGAACUACACACAACAGCUUACUAGGUUGUACCAAUUUGGAGCUCGGAAAAUAGUUGUUACUGGAGUGGGACAGAUCGGUUGCAUACCUUACCAGCUCGCGCGGUAUAAUAACCGUAACAAUAGUACUGGAAGAUGCAAUGGAAAGAUCAACAACGCGAUUGUGUUGUUCAACUCUCAAGUCAAGAAGCUAGUGGACCGUUUCAACAAAGGUCAGUUGAAAGGAGCCAAGUUCGUUUACCUUGAUUCUUACAAGAGUACCUAUGAUCUUGCUGCCAAUGGAGCUGCCUACGGAUUUGAGGUUGUGGACAAAGGUUGUUGUGGAGUGGGGAGGAACAAUGGUCAGAUAACGUGUCUUCCACUGCAAACCCCGUGCCCUGACCGAACCAAGUAUCUCUUUUGGGAUGCGUUUCAUCCGACAGAGACUGCUAACAUAUUGCUUGCAAAAUCUAAUUUCAACUCCCGAGCUUAUUCUUACCCUAUCAGCAUUCAAGAACUAGCCAAUCUUUGAAGAUAAGGGAGAGAUCUUGUUCUCCCAUAUGAAUGCAUAUGUGUCAUGUAACAUGGCUAUUUUAUAAUGUGUUGCUUUUUCAUUUAUGUGAACUUAUGUUUCUUUGAAAUAACUAUUUGUUUUUCUGUAUUGUUUCUCUCAAUGAAAGAGACGAAGUUGAUUUGAUAAUU